CAAGGGCAAAGGGGCCAGUGGCAAAGUAUCAACGUCUAGAAAGCGACAACGCAGCGAAGACGAAGCAGAAGCAGAACCCCUCUCCACCCGUGGUCCGCCAGCGAAGCGGAGAGCCUUACCUCAGAAGCCUGUGGUAGAGAUUGUCGUGAAGAAAAGUACCAGUUCUCGUACGAAUGCAAAGGCGAGGGCCGCCACAUCCGCCACGACGACGAGCAAGGCCGCAGGUCAGCGCAAGACAGUCGUCCAAAGGAAACAAGGUUCGGGAAGGGCCGCCCAAGGACCUGUGGAACCUGAAGCAGGCGAGGAACUGUCGCCAGAUGAGGCCAAGUCACUCUCAGAGUCAGACGACAGUGGCUCUGAAUUCGAGAUGUCGGAGGACGGCGACUCGUUGGCUGAGGAAGGCUUUGAGGAAAGUUCUACCGAGGAGGAAUUAGCGCACAUGCAUGCUCGUCAUAUGCUUCCACCUACCGAAGAUGCGUCGGAGGACGAGACGAUUCUCAUGGACGAAGCUGUGCGUCAGUCUCUACAAGAUGCAAGCAACGAAACCGGCGCAGGCACUUCGUCAGGGGCAAGAGCUGGGAACCCCAAAGCUGCUCUUCUUGCUGCAGCUGCCGAGCGUCGACUAGCCGCUUCCAAGAUCGAGGAUGUCCCAGAAUACAAUUCUGACGCACUGGAUGGCUUGUCCGAAGAGGAGGAACCUCUGUCGAAAGUGAAGGGAAAGAAGAAGGCCACGAAGAAGUCUGCCAAGAAGAAAACUUCAGAUUUUGUUGCCAAUUUCAUGACCAUGGACGACCUGUAUGCUGAGCGCAGAGAGGCCCGCAGGCGAGCAAAGGCCGAAAGGAAUGUGCUGAAAGUGGAGGAGAACAAGUUGAGAUCUAAGUUAGGGAGAAAGCUUACGCAUGCUGAGAAGACCACGGUAGCAUUGUCACUAUUCCAUCCAGAACUGAAAGAUGCGUGGGGUGACUUCGAGAAGAAGGUCGCCAUCGUGCAGCCUGAAAAGGCCGAACAGCCCGCGAAACUCAAGGCGACUCUCUUGCCUUUCCAGUUGGAAAGUCUGUUCUGGAUGAGGAAGCAGGAGAAGGGCCAGUAUGCUGGUGGGAUGCUCGCGGACGAGAUGGGUAUGGGCAAAACAAUCCAAAUGAUUGCUCUCAUGGUGUCGGACAACCACAAACCGAACCUGGUCAUUGCUCCUACUGUUGCCAUCAUACAAUGGAAGAAUGAGAUAGAGAAGCAUGCCGAAGGCAUGAGUGUCCUGGUGUGGCACGGGGCAAAUAGGGAAUCUAGCAUCGAUCAACUGAAGAAGCACAACGUCGUCUUGACAACUUACUCGGUAUUGGAGAGUUCUUUCAGGAAGCAGGAAAGUGGUUUCAAGCGCAAGGGGCAAAUCGUCAAGGAGAAGUCCCCACUGCACGCUAUCAAAUGGCAUAGGAUUGUGCUCGAUGAGGCGCACAACAUCAAAGAGCGCGCCACUAACACUGCUAAAGCUACCUUCGAGCUGCAGAGCAAGUAUAAAUGGUGUCUGUCGGGCACGCCCUUACAAAACCGAGUGGGCGAGCUCUACAGUCUGAUAAGAUUCCUCGGCGGCGAUCCAUUCGCCUACUACUUCUGCAAGAGGUGCGAUUGUAAGUCGCUGCACUGGAAAUUCAGCAACAAGAGGCACUGUGAUGAUUGUGGCCAUACGCCUAUGCAUCAUACAUGUUUCUGGAAUAACGAGGUCUUGUCGCCCAUCCAGAAAAAUGGAAUGAAUGGGCCUGGCGCGAUCGCCUUCAAAAAAUUGCGCGUGCUCUUGGAUAGAUUGAUGUUGCGCAGGACCAAGGUCGAAAGGGCUGAUGACCUUGGCUUACCUCCGCGGACGGUUAUCGUUCGUAGGGAUUACUUCAGUCCUGAAGAGAAGGAGCUUUAUCUAUCGCUGUUUUCUGAUGCCAAGAGGCAAUUCACUACAUACGUCGAUUCGGGCACGGUCUUGAACAACUAUUCCAAUAUCUUCUCUUUGCUCACGCGGAUGAGGCAGAUGGCGUGCCAUCCUGAUUUAGUGCUUAGGAGCAAGAAUAACCAAGGGAAGUUCCUCUCUGAGGACUUCGGUGAAGCACCGGUCUGCAGGCUUUGCAAUGACGUUGCGGAGGAUGCUAUUCACUCCAAGUGUCGGCAUCUGUUCGAUCGCGAGUGCAUCAGGCAGUAUCUGGAUACUGUCGUCGGUAUAACGGUGCGUCAGGGUUUGCUUCAUUCAUGGCUUAUGUGGCUUAUCUUUCCACAGCCUGAAUGUCCUGUCUGCCACGUUCCCCUCACCAUUGACCUGGAUGCUCCGGCCUACGAGCCAGAAGAGAACACGUCCGUAGUCCGCCAAGGCAUUCUUGGCCGCCUUGACCUCGAGAAGUGGCGGUCGUCGACGAAGAUAGAGGCCCUCAUCGAGGAGCUAACCAACCUCAGGAAGCAAGACGCGACGAUCAAGAGCAUCGUGUUCAGUCAGUUCGUGAACUUCCUAGAUCUGAUUGCGUUCCGACUGCAGAAGGCUGGGUUCAACGUGUGCCGGCUUGAAGGAACGAUGGGGCCGUAUGCCCGAGAUGCCACUAUCAAGUACUUUAUGGACAAUGUGCAUGUAACGGUAUUCCUUGUCAGCUUGAAAGCCGGAGGAGUGGCUCUCAACCUGACCGAAGCUUCGCGAGUCUAUCUGAUGGAUAGCUGGUGGAACCCUGCUGUUGAAUACCAGGCCAUGGAUCGUAUCCAUCGUCUUGGGCAACAUCGGCCCGUACAGGCCAUCAAGCUUGUUGUCGAAGACAGCAUCGAGAGCCGCAUAGUCCAGUUGCAAGAAAAGAAAGCAGCAAUGGUGGAUGCCACUCUGUCUACUGACGAUUCGGCUAUGGGCAGAUUGACGCCUGAUGACCUUGGCUUCCUGUUCAGGCUGUAAUUGUCGGGCAACGACUUGGCCCGCCGUCUUUUGUUUGAGCCAGUUUUUCUGCUUUCGGAUGUUUUGUUGUGUCUCUCAAAGUGCCGUGUUGUCGCCUCGAGGUGGGUUGUUUAUUAAGGUGGAUAUCAUUAUAUUGUAUUUGUCGCCUAAACGCACAGUAGUCUACCUACGAAUGUUCUAUAUUAUGUUCGCUAUGGUGUUGCACGUCUUCUGUUGGUACUGUACGAUGUAGGAGCGGAUGAGCGGGAGUCGGAC